AUGGACUCUGCUGACCCACAACUUGCCCGAUUCUUGCAACAACUUCAAGCUGAAACUCAGCGACAAAAGUUUACCGAGCAGGUAAUUUUUAAAAGUAAAAGCGAAAAAAUCAAGAAAGAAUUUCAGGUUCACACAUUGACUGGAAGAUGUUGGGAUGUUUGUUUAUCCGAUUAUCGUCCACCAAGCAAAAUGGACGGAAAAACUCAAACCUGCCUUCAAAACUGCGUGAAUCGAAUGAUCGACGCCAGCAAUUUCAUGGUCGAACAUUUACAAAAAAUGAAUCACGGACAUCCAUAA